AUGUCCGCAGCGAAUUCUACGAAAAUUUUUAUUGGUAGCAUUCCCAAGGAUGUUACAGAGGAGGAGUUAAAAACGGAGGCAUCCAAAUAUGGUGUGAUCACCCAAGUGUACUACGUGCCGGCCACGGUGCAAAACCCCAGAGGGUGGGCAUUCAUUACGUACAAGGAGAGGUCGGAAGCAUACAAGGCUAUAGAAGCUUUGGAUUAUAAGUCCAUAUUUCCUAAUAGUCAACGACCAUUAGAUGUCAGAUUCGCUAGCUACAAACAUAACACAACCAGUGAAACACAACCAGCGCCAAAUAAAAAUGUCUGGCAGAAGCACGUAACAUCCGAUGGACACCCAUAUUAUUACAAUUCUGUAACUGGCCAUUCCCAGUGGGAGAAGCCCAAGGAAUCAGUUACUACGCCCCCUUCAGUUAUUCAAGGGAAGGCUAACACUGUCGCGCCCUAUGGUCCUCCCGGCGCCAAUGUGUUCGUUUUCCAUGUGCCCUCACAUUGGACUGACAUGGAAUUGUACCAGCACUUCCAACACUUCGGAUACGUACUCAGCGCGCGAAUUCAAAGGGACUCCAGUGGAAGGAACAAGGGCUACGGGUUCGUCAGUUUUAACAACCCGGAAUCAGCUAUGAACGCAAUAAAAGGAAUGCAUGGAUUUUACGUCUCAGGCAAACACUUAAAAGUGCAGUUAAAAAAGGGAGAGGAGCACUAUAUGCAGUUAAAUGGCCCUGUUCAACCACAAAUGGCUCCCACACAACCUUAUACAAUGCAACAACCCAUCAUGGGUACCCCCCAACAGCCCUACAUGGCCCAUAUGAUGUAUACCAGUAUGAAUUCGAGCAACCAAAUGCCUUACAACAACACGUACUCGUUGAGUAGAUAA